UGAAGGCCUUGGUAUCAUUCUUUCUACAAUGCCUCAUGGCGGUUGGUCUUUGAGCAACUCAGUCUUCCUGUGGCUAACCUUUUUAAUCAUUUAUGGAAAGCAGGCACUGCGUUUCUUUCUCCUUUUCACCUUCCCUUACAUGUUUUAAAGGAUAUUUUUGAAAUGAGAUUGCCUACACUGAGGGGCUCUCCUGCCAGGUCAUGUCACCCUUUAUUACUUUAAAUAUGUAGAAAUUGCCCGGAGGAAUUUCCACCCAGCCUUCUCACGGUCCAUAGCAUUGUUGGUAUUAUUGCAAACAUCUGCUCAGAAGUAGGAGCUUUGAUCUGUGACUAUUUGCUGAAUUCAAGCACGGCGAGGGACAAAGCUGAGUUGCUCACUAACAUGUGUGGCAUGUUAGGAAAGUUGUGGUGUGUGCUGCUUAAUUCCAGGUCCGCUAAAGUCAGUGGCUGCUUGUGAAUGUCUGGAUGGCAGCCUACAACUGCCAUCAAAAGGACAUUUGUUCUGUUGAAAUCAAUGAUGUUUAAUUCUAGGUAAGUGUCACUGGAGGCCACCUUGGUCAUAGAUGUGCAUAUCAAUCAGAGUGGUUCUGCUGUGGCUUUGCAACAUUUUUUCUUCUAUAUUUAUUACAGUAAUUUAUAUUGCACAGAAAGCUACUCAAGGCAGGUCUCAAUUUUAAAAUAUGUAUUGGAAAAAUGCAAAUAAAACACGGUUAAAUAUAUUAAAAUUACAGGAAUUAAAGACAUUACGGAAGAGGCAGUAUUUAAUUUUUUAAAAAGCAUGUUGGAAUAAAACUGUGGGUAUUGUAAGUUAUUAUACAGCAAUGUAAUCUUGAUGGAGGAGUGGAACUGCAUGUGUCUCUUUUGUUCCUCACAAGGUCUUCACACUCAGGGUUUAUGUGCAGUGGCUGGAUUGUUUUGCGAGCACCAGUGCCAUACAGCAACUUUAAGCACUGCACCGACUGUUUGCCUUGUACUGCGUAAAAGCAAACACAUAGUUUAGAGAUCAUUUGCUUGGGUAAACUUCAGUUAUCACUGCAGCUUAUGGGGAAACAAUGUCUAAAGUUUGGCUUCCUGUGACUGCAUCCUGUACCCACUUACUGCAUUGAACUCAAUGGAAGUUACUUCCGAGAAGGCAUGUACAGUGGAACCCCGGGUUACGUACCAUCUGCCUUACGAACGCUUUGGUUAACGAGCUCUGCUAACCUGGAAGUAGAUGCUCCUAGUUGUGAACUUUGCCCAGGGAUGCAAGCGGAAGUCGCGCACCGGCAGCGGGAGGCCCCAUUAGCAAAAGUGUGCCUCAUGUUAAGAACGGUUUUGGGUUAAGAAUGGACCUCCGGAAUGAAUUAAGUUCGUAACCGAAGGUACCACUGCAUAGCAUUGCAUAAGUUAGAAGAGUGCCCAUUAGACCAUAGAAUCAGAGUUGGAAGGGACCUGCUUCAAUGCAGGAAACUUUGGGGCUCAAACCCAUGACCCUUAGAUUAAGAGUCUCAUGCUCUACCAACUGAGGUUAGGAUUUCUCUCCCCUCCCAACUUACAGUUAUUCCUUGAUUGCUGUAGAAUUACUUCUUUAUUAAGGCCAACCUACUAAUAACACAAAUACAGGUCAUCAGUAUGACUGAUCACAGUGAUAUCCUUGAACGAUAUGCAACUGAUGCAUUUGAGAACACAGGGAGUGUUUCUUUUCUAGCUCUCUUUAACAAUUCAGUUGAUGGUAUUAGCUGGUGCAGGGCUUCACGGGCUAUACUAACGGAUGGAAGUAGGGAAUGGGGAGAGGGAAAACAUUCUAGUACCAACCUGCCAUUCUAGACCUACUUUCCCCUCUAAGCAACUAUGUGGAAGUUGAGCAGGUGAUGUGCCUACACAAGAAGCCAUCUGGAAACUCCUCAGUUCAUGUCUUGAGGUUCAUGAUGGAAGAAAGAUAGGAUGUAAAUUAAAGUGUCUGGAGCACUGGACUGAGGAAUGUGGGAGAAAUGUGCUGUUUCUUUUUAACCCACUCCCCACAUCACAUUUCUGCUUCGUAUGUGAACUCAUGUCUACCAUUGUUCUACCAUGGUUUGUUGAUUGUGACUUGGAGCCUCAUUUCUGAAGCAUAAUACAGUGAAACCUCUACUUACCACCAUAAUCCGUUCCGGCGGCCCGUCCUUUAGGCGCAGCGGGUUGCUGGUAGAAGCGCUGUUGUGCAGACAUUCAGGGCACACACUGCUGGAAACUAGUUCUAGCUUUUCUUAUGUAACACUUGCGGGUUAAAAUUUGACACUCUCAGUUUAUAGAAUCAUAAAAUUGUAGAGGCGGAAGGGACCCUGAGGAUCAUCUCGUCCAGCCCCCUGCAGUGCAGGAAUAUGCAGCUGUUCCAUAUGGGAAUGCAACCAUGCUGUAACCAACUGGGCCUUCCAGAGAAAUGUCAAUAAAAUGCCCUAAUCCAGAUACGGAGAUCUGUACAUGGCGGUAGGCUUCUGUGUAAUGCUUCCUGGAGCAGGAACUGCGUUGUGCAUCGGGAUGUGAGCGCUGUCAGAACAGCUUUUGUUUCCAGUGGACACAUUAUCCUUGUCUUCGGGCCAGGUGUAAACAACAUUUUCCCGUGUACAGUGGUGCCUUGACUUACGAAUUUAAUCCGUUCCGAAGGUACCUUCGUAAGUCGAAAAAUUCGUAAGUCAAAAAACGGCAUUGGAGACGCGUUUUCCCAUAGGAAUGCAUUGGAAACGGAAAAAUUUGUAAGUCGAAGCAACCCUAUCUAAAAAUUCGUAAGUCGAAAAAUCCCUAUCUAAAAUGGCUGCAGUUUUUUCCGGAUGUCGAGACAUAUGUAAGCGCGCGGCCAUUACCCCCAUUCGUAAGUCGAAAAAUUCGGUUGUUGAGUCGUUCGUAAGUCGAGGUACCACUGUAUCUUUGAGCUUUGAAUGCAUAGCUCUAGUUGAUUGAACCAAUUAAACUGAUCAAAACUUCCUUGUUAGAUAUGCCAAGUUACCAAACUAGUUUUGUGAGUAUGUAUACAGUAUAACAUAUGCCCAGUUUCCACAGGGAAAGAAGCCAAAGUGACUUCGCCUUCCAUGUACAAUGGGAAUGACUUAUACGAAUAGCAAAGCUCCCCCCUCCUUUGUUUGGCAAAUAGGUGGGCACGCUCAGUGUCAUCCAAUCACAUGUGGCUGCUUUUCCUCCACCCCCUAUCAGCAAGCAGCUCCACACCACCUCCCUGUUUCUACUUUUAAGGCAGAUGUUUAAGUAAAAUCAAUCUGAACCAUUUGCUGCCUACACUUACAGAUACAGGAAUUCAUAUAAUCUGAACGUUAUUGUUGGGUGAGUAAAGCUUGGGCUGAACGUUGGGGUCCUUCAUCCAGAAUGAUAACCUGUGGACCAGUCUUCUCGUUUGCCCGGUGCAUCUUGCGGAGAAAAAUCGUCACUGUGGACAGCCUUGAAGAUAGCAAAUUAUGUCGCUGUUUAUCCACCAUGGACCUUAUUGCCCUGGGAGUAGGAAGCACCCUCGGUGCUGGCGUUUACGUCCUUGCUGGAGAAGUUGCAAAAGCAGAUUCCGGACCUAGCAUUGUAGUUUCUUUCCUCAUAGCAGCCUUGGCUUCCGUGAUGGCAGGGCUUUGUUAUGCAGAAUUUGGCGCUCGCGUUCCAAAGACUGGCUCUGCCUAUCUGUAUACUUACGUCACUGUUGGUGAACUCUGGGCUUUUAUCACAGGCUGGAAUCUCAUUUUGUCUUAUGUCAUUGGUACAUCAAGUGUAGCAAGGGCGUGGAGUGGUACCUUUGAUGAACUCCUUGGGAAACAAAUUGGUUACUUUUUCAGGACCUACUUCAGAAUGAAUUAUUCUGGUCUAGCAGAGUACCCAGAUUUUUUUGCAGUCUGCCUUAUAUUGCUCCUAGCAGGCCUAUUAUCAUUUGGAGUCAAAGAAUCUGCAUGGGUGAAUAAAAUCUUCACUGCUGUUAACAUCUUGGUCCUCCUCUUCGUGAUGACUUCUGGUUUUGUGAAAGGCGAUCUUCAGAACUGGAAGAAAACUGAAGAAUUUCUUAUAAACUACACAGUAUACAUAGGAAACCUGUCAUCUUCUGAAAAUGUGACAAGUGCAUUUGGAGUUGGUGGCUUCAUGCCAUAUGGCUUUACAGGAACACUGGCUGGUGCUGCAACCUGCUUUUAUGCUUUUAUAGGAUUUGAUUGCAUCGCAACAACUGGGGAAGAAGUCAAGAAUCCCCAGAAAGCCAUACCUAUUGGGAUUGUAACUUCCUUGCUUGUCUGCUUCUUGGCCUACUUUGGUGUUUCAGCUGCUUUAACUCUGAUGAUGCCAUACUAUUUAAUCGAUGAGAAAAGUCCUCUCCCUGUAGCCUUUGAGUAUGUUGGAUGGGGCCCAGCGAAAUAUGUUGUAGCAGUGGGAUCUCUGUGUGCUUUAUCAACAAGUCUCCUUGGAUCCAUUUUCCCAAUGCCACGUGUAAUCUAUGCUAUGGCGGAGGAUGGGUUGCUUUUCAAAUGUCUAGCUCGUAUCAAUCCCAAAACGAAGACUCCUGUUGUUGCUACUUUGUCAUCAGGUGCUGUAGCAGCUCUGAUGGCUUUUCUCUUUGACCUAAAAGCUUUAGUAGAUAUGAUGUCCAUUGGUACGCUUCUUGCGUACUCGCUAGUAGCAGCGUGUGUCCUCAUUCUUAGGUACCAACCCACUUUAAACUAUGAACAACCAAAAUAUUCAGCAGAAAAAGAAGCUCUUGCGGGAUCAGAGAGAGAAAGUACGAAUGAAUCUCAAAUGAGUAUGGUACCAGGUCACAGUUUCAGCUUACAAACACUGAUUAAUCCAUCAAGUUUGCCCACGGAACAGUCUGCCACCAUGGUUAGCUUUCUUGUAUGUCUGUUGGCUUUCCUGAUUUGUGGCUUAAGCAUUCUGGCCACCAACGGGAUUCAUCUUCUUGCCAAUCUGGAGCCUUGGAGUAUUUGUCUCUUUGCAGUACUUUCAGUGCUGUUUAUCACCAUUGUACUUGUCAUCUGGAGGCAACCUCAGAGUCAGCAGAAAGUAGCAUUUAUGGUUCCACUCCUGCCAUUUUUGCCAUCUUUGAGUAUCUUGGUGAAUAUUUACUUAAUGGUACAACUAAGUGGAGAGACUUGGAUCCGGUUUAGCAUCUGGAUGGCGAUUGGCUUCUUCAUUUACUUUGCUUAUGGCAUCCGACAUAGUGUGGAAGGCCGUCCUAGGGUGGAAGAUGAAGAUGAUGAGGACGACAGCUGCUCCGAAAAAAGCGCAGUGCCAAAAAAGAACUAUGUAAAAGAAGCAAACGAGAUUGAAAAUGCAAGUGAAAGUGCUCAGUUUAUUACACAUGAAAGGACAAGUGAAUGUUAAUGGUUGCUAACUACCAUGCUGUAUACGUCUUUUGAGUAGUGUAACGGAAUGUAGUUGUGUCAUUUGGGGGGGGGGGGGUUGGAAUGGCAAAACACUUGCUCCUGAAAGAUUAGCAGUAACAUACUUGUGCUUUGUGAAAACAAUUAAUACUGGUGUAAACGGACUGCUAGAUAUUUCAUCCAGUGAAGAUUUACCUCAAAUUGUGGUUGCUUGAAGUAAAAACCGCCAAGAAAGUGGAGGGGAACAAACUCCUGUCAGUUGAUUUUGCCUGUUGUGCUAAAAAUGUUGGGAAUUUCCUUAGCGCACCAUCCUACAACUUGAAUUGGCAUAAUGUUAUAUAAUUAGGAAUGUUUAAAGGUGGGAAGCUGAACCAUUUUAGGUUGUGUUAUUGGGGACACAUUUUCUUGUUUCUGUCUUUUUAAAAUGUGCGUAGCAGUGGUAAAUAACUAGGUAGCUAAACUGUUUAGCCUCUCAAAAUUUAAAAAAGGGAAGAAGAAAAAACCUUUUUAAAAAAGCCAGUUACCCAGAUGAGUACAUAGGGUAUACACAGAGCAGAAACUUGGCUGGCUUUUGCAUUGUGAUGUAGUGCUUCUCUAUUUUAAAAAGUGUUAAAUUUUUGCUGCCACUGUAUAUGCAAAUAACGUAUGCCGUGAACAUCCUUUUGAAAAGCAGUGUUUGUAAUGCCUAACAUAUGGAUCAGCUCCAUAUAGAAUGUUUUGAAAUUACCUUUUACCAGUCGUGUUCCAAGUUCUCCUUCUCGGUGAAUCAGAAAGUCACGCUACAUGGUUCCUAAGAUGUAAGAAACUUCAGAACAGUGGCAAACAGCAUGUGCCUGGGGAACUGGGAAUUUUUCAAGUCCAGGUGCACCUAUGGAAUUGCCCUGUGUUAGUGCUGAAUGUGUAAACCCUCUGAGGUUGUAAGUAGCUGCCCUAGGUCCAUUGACUGAUGAACUGUGUACCUUCCGUGUCUCUGGUCCACCAAGUAUAUUUAUUAAUUUCUGUAACUAAGGAAAAUGAAACUGUCGGCCAUAAAUUGGCUGCAUUCAGAUAUCACAGUAAACCAUGGCUGCUUAUGAUGCGGACAAGCUGUAGUGAACCUCGGGCUUGUAUGCUUCUCCCCUUUCAUCCUCUUCUCUGGCGUGGCCACAAGAUGGAAUUUGGAAGUUUGAACUUCUGCUUUUGAGUAACCGCAGCAGAGCAUUUUUGCCCCAAACCAACAAAUUGUCAGUAAUCUUAAUUGUGGCUUGUUUGAAAUAGACUAAAUUUAAAUCAUGAGCUGUUAAGCUGGCUUAUUUUAACAAACCAUAAUUAAGAUUAACCACGGUUUAGGGUUCAGCUGCAGCUCUAAAGAACAAUUUAUAAUAAUAAAAAUAGCCAUGAAAGCUUCCAGCCUGCAAGGCUGCACUUAAUAAAUAUAACAUGGAUUAUGAUGAGGAUUGAAUUCAGCCAUUGUGUAUUUUUUGCCCUUGCAGGAGGUACUAUUUCUUUCAGUGGAUUCUACUGUAGUCAUAACUUAGCUAACAUUUUUGUAUAAAUCAUGAACAGAAAUUUAGAUUUUUCAGGGAAUGUGUUCCAUCUCCUUAAAAGAGACAGGUAUUUGGAGGGGAGAGUGGAGUAAAAAAAGAAUAGAAAGAAAUCUAAUUCAAAUAACAUUUAAGAAUACAGUUAUGUUUUUUGAAAUAACAUUUUAUAAAUGAAAUUUGAGGCAGGCAUAUGCACCAAAAGAUCAUCUUGGUUACAUUAUUAUCACUCAUGUAUACAGUCAUAACUUGGCAUUGUGGCUGAUGGGCAAGUUGUAUUUCUGGCACACAUGUGUUUUCUCCACACAUUAAUUUGUGUAUGAAGCAGCAUAUGUAUGUGUGAGGGACAGGGGAUAUCGCGAAGUCCCUCCCCUCCUGAGUUCAAGCCCAUCCCCGAGCACAGGGGAAAGCAGAGAGAGUUCCGAUUCCAGUGGGGAAGCAGGAAGUC